CUUUGCCGACUGGAUUGUGCGUCAUCAUGACGCUACUUCCUUGUUAUGAACGUCAGAUACUGCUUAAUACAGUUCACGAGUUUUGCUCGCUCAUCUCCAGCUAUUUAAUCAUACAGUCUUGCAGUUCACCAGCGAUAUUUGUUUUCUAGCUCAUAAUGGCAGUGGACUGGCUGGGUUUUGCAUAUGCUGUGGCUAUCGCGCUGGGAGGUUUUAUGGGGUAUAAAAGAAAAGGAAGUGUGAUGUCAUUAAUAGCUGGACUCUUCUUUGGAAGUGUGUAUGCGUAUGGUGCAUUUAAAAUAUCUAUUGAUCCACAUGAUUACUGGACCUCGUUGAUUGCUUCUGGUGUGCUGGCUGUUGUGAUGGGAAUGAGAUUUAGGAAAUCAGGAAAACUAAUGCCUGCAGGCAUCAUGACAGGACUGAGUCUCCUGAUGGUGUUGCGACUUUUGAUCUUCUAAGCAUUCCACGGACAAAUCACACUGGGAUUUUUACAUGUACUAACUGAACAGUUGCAAUGUUCAUGAAGUAGCUGCAUAUCACAGUAUUAUCACUGUGUAUAAAAUAUAUCUUGCACAUUCCAGAUAAAUCAGUCCUUUUGUUAGUGCCUCAAAUCUAUCUGUUGACACAUGAAAAAGAGCUUGCAAAUGUUUUUGUGUGUGUGAAUUUCUUGUAAAAAUUUUACAUUUAUGGACACAGUUACAGCACAAUGAGUCUCACUGACAUUUUUUUUUAUUAUUAUUAUUAAAUCAUACAUGUAGAGACUUGUAAGACAUAAUAAACCUGUGACUUGUAAGUGCUAUAGGAGAAGGAUGUACGUAUUUUCUCUGAAUGUAAAAUAGUACACGAAACUGUAAACUUUGUUGAAUUAAGGCAACAUUGAUGUAAAUGAAUUAAAAUGAUGGUUAAUUGUUCGGUUUUCUUUGGCCGUACUACUUAAAAAGGUGGCUCAGCACCUCCUUUGCAGUUUUUAUGAGGGC